ACUUACCAAUUGAUCGGCAGCUGUUCGCGGUCCUGUUCUUCCUGAUGAUGGCCGUGCUCGGCAUCGGGUCUGGGGUCGCUCUGCUGUCCACGCUCAACACCGUGUUGCUGGAUGCCUUCCCGAGGGUUCCCACCAUCUUCAUGGCGGCCGGCGCCUGCACCGUCGGGUUCCUCGUGGGUCUCGUAUAUGUGACACCGGGUGGACAAUACGUUCUUGAGAUUGUCGAUUAUUACGGAGGAACGUUUAUGCGACUUUUCGCUGCUAUUGCGGAAACUAUUGCUGUCUUUUGGAUUUAUGGUUUGGAGAACCUUUGCGUCGACAUUGAAUUCAUGUUGGGCAUUAAGACUAGCUGGUACUGGCGCAUAUGCUGGUCUAUCGUGACUCCAGUUGUGAUGAUCACGGUCUUCAUGUACGCAAUGGUGACCACUGAAGCUCUCGUCUUUGGUGGCACAUACGUAUACCCGAGGGCUGCCUACAUUGCUGGUAACAUGCUUCAAUAUGUAGGAAUGGCGCUGAUUCCUAUCUUUAUUGUGGCAUCUCUUUGGAAGUAUACAUCUCCUACGUUUACUGAGACGGUGAAGCGCGCGUUCAAGAAGAAGGCCAGUUAUGGUCCAUCGGACGCGGAUCUGCGUAAGGACUGGAAGCAAUUCAGCCUGCAAGCCAAGCGCGACCGCGAGUCCGUCAGCAACAACUGGAUACAGCGUAUCGGGCGGUCCCUCGCAGGGAAACAUCGGAAGAAUAAAUAGAGCCGAGGCAGACAUACUUGUAAAAAGGACUCAUCGCCAUACUAAGGAUAAGUCGAGGCACACUGAAGGGACAUCCCUAAAAUUUUCAUCGACAAUCAAAUCGAUGGUACUGUCAAGAUCAAAAUAUUAUGCAUAAUUUAAUUUACUUUUAUAAUUAUCCAAAAUUCGAUUAUCGAUAUCGAAUCGAUAAAGUGCCCCGAAUUAUCACAGGCCAUCGCUAGUUCAAAGAACCGCAAACGUCGAUUUCAGUGGUUUGGGACCAUACUAUUCAAUAUACUUGGUGACUUGGUCUAUUAUAUUCCAAAUUGGAACUCAUGUUUUAGCAUUAUUGUUUCUGUGGCUUGAAAAGCCGUAAUGAAUAUCCCUAAAGGGCCGCGAAUGCCGGUCCCAGUCCUAAACAUUUAUUAUGAUAUGAUAUCUCAACUUAAUGUAUUAAAUGUAAUGAAACUUAUGAAUAAAAUAAUAAUUAUUUUUUUUACCGUUGUUAA